AUGUCGAACAGCACGAAGCUUGAGGAGACUCUACAGACCAUUCUGACCAAACUCAACAAGCUCGAACAAGGCCAAGCCAGCAUUCAGCAAGAGUAUGGCUCUCUCGGGUCGACCGUGGAGUCAAUCAAUGGCCGCGUCAACGCACUGGCUGGAGUGAAGCAAGCCUCGAACGGCAUUGCCCAUGAUGCUUCCUUUCCAAGUCCAAGACUACGCCCGGAUAGUCCCAAGAUCCCUCCUCAAAAUCAUCAGCAACGAGACAGCAUAAGCUCGAUCGACGGCCACGUCAAGGAGACCAAUGGUCAAGCAGACACUGCGUUAUCUCCACCACCGCGAAGGACGAGUACAACAUCGAAGAUCAUCCUCACCACUCAUCCAGGCCAAGCAGGCGUUGACCCGCUACCGAUGCAAUGGGGCGCAAAGGAUGCCCAGACACGUGGCCCAGUAGUCGUGUCUCGUAACCCUUCCACUUUCCGGCGGCGAAACGCGGUUGGAGCACACGGUGGAUCUUACAGCAUCUACUACGCUCUGGCAGUCGCCUCUAAGCAAAUGGACACUGACCAUAAGCCCGACUACACAAACACAGAGCCAGCAGCAAGCAUAGGUCCGUUCCCUUCCUGGUAUGAUCCGAAGAAGAUCGUAGCCAUGGAUCCGUUGGGUCACUUGGCUCCUUGGCUCUUCAAGGAUAUCAUCAAAGACGACAAUGUCGAGAUUCGUCCAACAAUCGCCGUGACAAAAGCUCACAUGAAAAUCCCGGAGCUCGAAGAAUCUGUCCGCAAAGGCAGGCUCGUACCAGAUGGCAAGAUUUGCAUCAACGAGACAGGAGAGCUCAACGUCACAAAGUUCGCCGUUGAGCCGGUGUGGUAUCUGCCAGGUGUAGCCGAGCGCUUCGGCAUUGAUGAAGGAUCACUCAGACGCUCGUUGUUCGAACACACUGGAGGCAGCUACCCUGAGCUCAUCACUCGUAACGACAUCAAGCUCUUCUUACCACCAAUAGGAGGCCUGACGGUAUACUGCUUCGGUGAUCCUGCAAAGAUGAGCGACCCCAACUCAAAGCUGUCGCUACGUGUCCAUGACGAGUGUAAUGGCUCAGACGUGUUCGGCUCUGACAUCUGCACAUGUCGGCCCUACCUUAUCUUUGGUAUCGAGGAGGCCGUCAAGGAAGCUCAACGAGGUGGUAGCGGGGUGGUCAUCUACUUCCGAAAGGAAGGUCGUGCGUUGGGCGAAGUGACCAAGUACCUGGUGUACAAUGCCAGGAAACGUGGCUCCGAUCGUGCAAGCGAGUACUUCAAGCGCACUGAGAACAUUGCAGGCGUGAAGGAUAUGCGGUUCCAAGCACUGAUGCCAGACAUUCUUCAUUGGCUUGGUAUCACCAAAAUCGAUCGCAUGAUGAGUAUGUCAAACAUGAAGCACGACGCCAUCGUUGAGCAGGGUAUCCCGAUCCAUGAACGAGUACCUAUUCCAGACGAUAUGAUCCCGGAAGACAGUCGGGUCGAGAUUGACGCGAAGAUUCACGCUGGAUACUUUACCACCGGGAAGGUUAUGACAGUGGAAGAACUCAACAACGUAAAAGGGAGGGCCUGGGAAGAUGUCGAUCAUUGA